GUGACUGAAUUAGCAUCCAGAGAAUUGGCGUCACGUUCCAAGCUGGCACGGUGUGUGUGUGUGUGUGACGUUAAUUAGGGGGUGGAGUUAGUGCUUAAAGCCUGUGCUGUCAGUGGAGUGCACACACACACACACUCACACACAUAGGCAGACACACAGAGUGGUGGAGUUAAAGCCUGAACACCAUCGCUGCUCAUCAUCACAGCGCUGCUACUGCUGCUGCUGCCGCCGUGGACUUUAGUCAACUCCACAUCCACCUGAAGCUUCUGUGCCGAGGAAAUCUUCAUCCGUCCACUUCUCAGACUCGGAGCUGCGGAGGACCGACACCACAGACGCAAACACAGCUCAUGGCGUUGAUGGUGAACGUGUGCUGGAUGUUGGCGCUGGGUGCGUGCUCGGUGCUGACCGUGCAAGCGGAGUGCACUAAGGAGUGCGCACUCUGUCUGUACAGCUCUUUAGCAGCGCAGCAAGCAGACAGCAGCACCGGGCCCUGCACACUCGAGUGUGGAAGCAGCGUGGACCUGAGGAAGCUGGGACUCUGUCGGAACGCUCUGACCGAAGACGAGCGUGCCGCCGUGGAUCAAAAACCAGAGCCUGACAGCGCCGAGCACCUUCUGGCCAAGAAAUACGGCGGCUUCAUGAAACGCUACGGUGGCUUCAUGAUGAAGAAGACCUCAGAAGACCUCACGAAAGACGAAUCCGACGGCGUUUCCGAGGAGGAGCUGGGCAUCCUGAGGGAGAUCCUGAGGGCGGGCCUGAACGCCAACGAGCCAGGCAAGGAGCUCCAGAAGCGCUAUGGAGGCUUCAUGCGCAGGGUGGGCAGACCGCAGUGGCUCGACGAGAGCAAAAAUUACGGCCUUCACAAACGCUGGGAGGACGAGGGAGCGGAGAGCGUGUUGCCCGAGACGCACAAGAGAUACGGAGGCUUCAUGGAUUAGGAGCCGAUGCGAAGAUUCAAAACGGACACUCAUCGUCGCAAAGCAAUCCCAAAUGUGUGCAAAGCUUACGACUUCAUGUUCAUUUAUUAUUAAUGUAUUAACACGUGCCGAGUCGUUUUCUUUAUUUUGCUAUGUGCGAGUCGUUGCUAUGGGUGAUUCUUUGAGCGACUCUUUUAAGUGAAUCAGUUUAGUGAGUCAAUUCGCAAGCAAAUCAAAAUGUUUUGUUUUAUUUUAUUAAUUGAGUGGUGUGUACUUUUCUUCAAAGACAAUAAAAAAAUAUACGUUAAGCAGAGUAAAUUGAAAUAACAGCCUCUGUUAUGUUUAUUAUAUGUUUUUCGUUGUCUUGCUGAAUUAUGGUGCGUUAAUAGAUUCACGAAUCGAGCUUCGAGAGAUUCAACGUUUAAACUCAAUUUUGUCUAUUUUUUAAUAUACCGUGAAUGUAAUAAUGUCAUUAAAAAAACUAAAAAAAAAAACUUGUCAUGUAGAUUAACAAUGAUAAUGUGAACCCACGCUGUAGCUUGUUUAAUGGUGAACCGAACGAAUCAGCAUCCGAUUCAUUUAAAUAAGUAGUUCAAAAGAAUCAAAUCGCUCAAGUGACUCGUGAUGCCCAUCACUUCUUUGCUAAUGACUAUAUCUGCCUAAUAAAGUCUGUUCGGUAGUUUAA